GGCUGCAACAAGAUGGCGGUAGCGGGCAAAGGAGCGGUAUCUGCCGCGGUGAAGCCGAUCUUCAGCCGGGACCUGGGCGAGGCGAAGCGGCGCGUGAGGGAGCUGUACCGGGCCUGGUACCGCGAGGUGCCCAACACGGUACACCUAUACCAGCUGGACAUCACGGUGAAACAGGGACGUAACAAGGUGCGGGAGAUGUUCAUGAAGAAUGCCCACGUUGCAGAUCCACGGGUGAUAGACAUGCUGGUUAUUAAGGGAAAAAUGGAUCUUCAAGAAACUAUUCAGAUAUGGAAGCAGAGGACUCACAUCAUGAGGUAUUUCCACGAGACGGAAACCCCACGACCUAAAGACUUUCUGUCCAAAUUCUAUGCGGGCCACGAUCCCUGAGAGAUUGACUCUGUGUCUUCCUGCCUUGUAUUACAAAUAAAGUCCUAUAUAGUAGAAAAAAAAUCUGUACAGAAAGAUUGUAUAGUACAUUAGGAGCCCAAUGACUAACUCUGAAUCCAAAGUGUGUGCAAGUCGUUAUGAUCUGUAUGAAGAGCUGCAAUUUCCUCGUUUUGCCAAUGUGUAUUUUCAGUGGAUGGAGUUUGUCCCAUCGCUUGCCCUGGAGUGUCUGCUUGAAUAACCACAACACAACCUGGCUGUGGGACUUUCUGCUUAGCCUGCAGCCCUGUGCGUAGGCGUUGGCUCUGUGGAAGAAAGAGCGGGCCUUCAGAAAAGCCAGUGUAGUCGCAGAAAUAUUCUUGGGCUUCAGGCCCAUCUGUAUUCAUGCAGUGUUCUGCAAUUUCAUGCUCUGACUUUGUUGACCUUAUGUUUUUUACUUGGACACUAGUCUCUGUUUACUUCGUCACAGAGAAUGGCAUAAAAUCGAAUAGGCAAAUAAAGCCCUUUGUGCAAUAAAAAGAUCAGCAGAGUCCAUUUCCCUGCUGUAAAAUGAAAUUACCUGGAAAAA